UUGUCUUUCAGCUAUGACUUCCCAAAAGCUUUCAACUUCGCUGGUCAAGGAGGUACCAUUGGUCAUGAGCUUGUUCACGGAUUUGACGAUGAAGGUAAGCAGUACCCCAUUACUCAAAAUGCUCUACAUGUAGUGAUAGUAUCUUCGAUGGUAUGCCUUUGCAACUGUACUUCGAUGGAAUGUGGAUGGAUGGAUGACGAGGCUCGAGACGGCUUCAGGGACAUGGCGCAAUGUGUUGUGAUGCAAUACAACACUCAAUGUUGUCCGGAGAAAAAGGGAAACGUUCACUGUGCCAAUGGUGCGACCACGCAGGGUGAAAAUAUCGCCGACCUUGGUGGUCAGCAAGCGGCUUACAUUGCCUACCAGGAGUAUAUAAAAGGAACUGGUAAAGAAGAAAAGAGGUAG